AUGACUGCAGACACUUCCAGGUCUGCCAUCACCUUACCAGCAGAUGAUAGCAAAAUACAAAACUCUAUCAGCAACACUAGCGACACCAAAAUCAAGUCAGAGUUAUCCUGGCCACAGCUUAUCAAUGCUGAAAUCAUUGCCGUUACAAGUGCCAUGCGUAAAAAUGCACGCUGGUCUGGUAUGGGCGUCAAUGGAUUAAGAAUGGGUAGUUUGGGAAACAGCAUGGGAUUACGUAGCGCUCAAAUGAAUACAAAAGACUCGAAUACCAGAGAGGAAAACCCUUUGAUGCAAGGAUUUACCAACCUAAGAACCUACAUGGAAACUGUAACUGAUGUUCGAGAUAUCGAUGCAGUUAAUUUGCUGACUCCAUUUCUGGAGGUGAUUCGUUCUGGAAGCACAACAGGGCCCAUUGCAGGCACAGCAUUAGGCAGUGUGGAAAAACUGCUGCACUACGGUAUUGUGGGUGUCCACAAUCCCAGAGUGUCUGCUGCCAUGAAUGCCCUUUCUUCUGCUGCAACGCAUUGUAAAUUCGAGGCGUCUGAUGCUGCUUCUGAUGAGCUUGUAUUACUUCGCAUGUUACAAGUAUUGCAGAUGGCCAUCACAAGUGAGUGUGGGCAAGUGCUGAGUGAUGAAGCCGUGUGUGAGAUGAUGGAAACGGGACUCAGUAUGUGCUGUCAAAUGAGAUUGAGUGAAAUGCUGAGAAGAUCUGCUGAACAUGUCAUGAUAAACAUGGUGAUUGCGAUAUUUGAGAGAUUGAAGCAUCUAGAGGACGAAUGGCAAUUUGUUGAGUCCCCUAAUGAUGGCACUGAAGAACCAGCUGAUCCUCAUAUGAGUACACCAAAACCCUCGCCAUCACCCACUCCACAAUCCACAGCAGAGAAUACGAUAGAGGCUGAAAGUACACCGACAGACGCAGUGGAUGCGGCAGCACAUACUGAGACAGAAGAUACAGCUCAAGACACUGAACAAGAACAAGCAGAGAAGGAUGUGCUUGUGGAAUCACAAAAGUCAGAAGAGAUACCCCAAGUGACAGCUGUAGUGGAACCCACCACCUUGCGAGCCUAUGGACUGCCCGCUAUUCGUGAACUGCUUCGAGUCCUGAUAUCAUUGCUCAACCCUCACGAACACAAACACACAGACUCUAUGCGUUUAAUGGCUCUCAGCAUUCUCAAUGUCGCUUUUGAAGUAGGAGGAAGAAGCAUUGGCCGCUUUGAAUCACUUCGAUCCUUGAUCACAGACGAUUUCUGCAAGUUUGUCUUCCAAUUAGCAAAGACAGAUUCAACACCUUUACUAGCCUACUCGCUGCGUAUCAUUACCACUGUGUUUGACACGUUGCGACCUUAUUUGAAAUUGCAGCAGGAGCUUUUUAUCUUCUUUUUGAUUGAGCGUCUAUCGCCUUCUUCAGGAGCGGGCAGUCGUGGUGUGUCAGUCGAUGUGGAUGACGAGGGCAACAUAAGCUUUGUGUCUAUAAGAAAUGGCGUGGAUUCAGAGAGCACUGCAGCAACCGAUGUGAGAAGCGCUUCACCCAACAUGUUUCUGGGCAAGUCGACUGAUUAUCCAAGAAACAGCAAAGGGUACUCUUCCUCUUCAGAGCAUAUGGUCAUCACUGGCGAAGUGCGUGAACUCUUGCUCGAGAGCUUGGUUCAGUUUGCUCGCAAGCCUACUUUUAUGAUUGAUCUGUGGUACAACUAUGAUUGUGAUUUGACGUGUGGCGACUUGUUUGAGGAGCUCAUCCAGUUUUUGAGCAAGAAUUCCUUCCCUGAUCAUCAAACCUACUCUCUGAUGAGCUCGCAUGUCUUGUGCCUGGAUACAUUAUUGACAUUCAUCUCGCAAAUGAUGGACCGUGUAGAGAACCAGCAGGAUGACACGGACGACGAUGACUAUGUUGUAUGUGAGCUUGAUUCUGUUCAAGAUUUGCUGGAACGCAAGACGAGAAAGAGGCUCAUUCUCAAGGGGUCCAGGCUGUUCAAUGAAUCGCCCAAGAAGGGCAUCAAAUUCCUGGUCGAAAACAGCGUCAUUAAAGCGGAUGAGAGCGGGGAUAUCAACACCAGUCUGUCCCAUUUUCUGCGAUCCACUCAGCAGUUGGACAAGAAGGCAUUGGGAGAGUAUUUAGGUCGACCUGAAAACGUAAAGACAUUGAGAGCCUACAUGGAGCAAUUCAACUUCUCAGGCAAGCGUAUGGAUGAAGCCAUGCGUAUGAUUUUGGAGACAUUCCGUUUGCCUGGUGAAUCACAGCAAAUCAUGCGAGUGACAGAGGCAUUUGCAGCCACAUACUUUGCUUCUGGGCCUAAGGAGAUUGCUAAUAUCGAGGCUGCCGAAAUUCUAGCUUACUCUGUCAUCAUGCUGAAUGUAGAUCAGCACAGUCCUCAGAUCAGACGUCAAUCUCGUAUGUCGGUAGACCAAUACAUUCGCAACGUCAGUGGUGUCAAUGACAAGAAGGAUUUCCCCAGAGAGUACCUUGUAUCCAUCUAUGAAGCCAUCCAGCAAAACGAAAUUCUGAUGCCUGAAGAGCACGAAGGUCUGUUAGGCUUCAACUAUGCGUGGAAGCAGCUGCAACACAGAUCAACCAUGUGCGGACAAUUCAUCCAAUGCCACACCUCCACCUAUGAUAAAGCCGUGUUUGAGCUGUCUUGGAAACCCGUAGUUGCAGCUAUUUCCUAUGUAUUCAACACAGCACAAGAUGAUGAUACGUUGGAAAAGGCCAUCACUGGAUUCCGUCAAUGUGCCAGCCUAGCAGCUCAUUUCGAGCUGUACGAUGUAUUUGACAGCAUUAUCGUCAACUUGGCCACCAUGACCGGUCUACUGGAAAAUGCCAAUGGCAAUACCUCUGUGCCUGAUCCUAUUGUGGAUAUUGCAGGUCAAAAGUACGUGGUUAGCAAACUGGCUGUUCGCUUUGGACGCAAUUACAAGGGUCAACUAGCUGCUGUUGUCAUGUUCACUAUUGUCACUCGACAUGGCGAUUCACUUAGAAAGGGAUGGCCAAAGAUACUGCAAAUCAUUCGAAACCUGUUCCUCAAUUCACUGCUACCAAGCUCCAUGCUGCAAGUAGAGGAUUUUCUAUCAGGCACCACCAGCAUCCCAUUAAAGCCCAAGAGCCCCAAACCUGUAAAGCAAGCCAAUCGUCGCGACGGCUCCUUACUGUCAACACUGUCAUCCUAUCUGCUUUCACCCUACUCUAGCGAUGAAACGUAUUGCCGUGAUCCGACAGAUGAAGAAGUGGAGAGCACCAUGUGUGCUGUGGAUUGUAUAGCAGUAUGCAAAUUGGAAGAGUUGUUUACAGACAUCAGCACACUUCAGACAGACACUCUCAAAAGCCUGUUGACAGCCAUUCGCUCAGUAGGAUACGACACAGAAAACAUGAAGAAGGCAACUAUCACGAUUGCCUAUGACCCUGCCACUGUUUUAUUCUUGGAGCUCAUGAUCACUAUUACUGUGCGCAAUGCAGAUAGAAUCGAGGAAUUGUGGCCUUACGCUACUGAGUACAUUUUUGGUAUCCUGGAAUUUGCAGACAAGCAAAGUGUCUUGGUCGUUGAGCGCACCGUAGUUGGGUUGUUACGACUCUGUAUUUGCAGUGCAUCCAGAAAUGUCAUGCUGGAUGAGAUUGUCGAAUGCUUGCGUCUAUUGCGUGAUUUUCCGCCUACUGUCACUCAAGCAGUGGCAGAACAGAUGAUGGCCGGCAUCUUCAACUUGUCAUCAGCGAAUUCAGAAAACAGAAACGAUACCGAAUUUUUGAAUACAAUUUUAGAAAUCAAACAAAAAGUGGCUAAUUCUUUGUAA